GCAAAAACCCCAAGCCCCGCAAAACCCCUAAACCCUAGCUCCCCACCCCCAGCCUCCCCGCGGCUUCCAGCGAUUGGAGGCGAAGCAGCCGCCAUGGCGAUCCUCCUUAGGCGCGCGUCGCUGCGGCGCGUCAUCGCCUUCGCCGCCGCCUCCUCCUCCUCCUCUUCUUUGCACUCUGAGAUUUAUAAGCAAGGGGUUUGUGGAUCCAUGUUUCAUUGCCGAGAGUUCGCAUCAAAAGCCAAAAAAAAGAAGUCAAGUGGAACAGACUCCGAUGAGGAGAGUAUGUCAAAGAAAGACUUGGCUUUACACCAGGCUAUCGAUCAAAUAACGUCUGCAUUUGGGAAGGGGGCAAUAAUGUGGCUUGGGCGUUCGCAAGGCCUUAGAGAUGUACCUGUUGUGUCUACUGGGUCUUUCGCUUUGGAUAUGGCUCUAGGAACUGGUGGUCUUCCAAAGGGGCGUGUCAUAGAGGUCUAUGGUCCAGAGGCUUCAGGCAAGACAACACUUGCUCUACAUGUCAUUGCAGAAGCACAAAAGAAUGGGGGUUACUGUGCCUUUGUAGAUGCAGAACACGCUUUGGAUCCAGCUCUUGCAGAGUCAAUUGGUGUUGACACUAACAAUUUGCUCGUCUCUCAGCCAGACUGCGCUGAGCAAGCACUCAGUCUUGUGGACACACUGAUUCGAAGUGGAUCUGUUGAUGUUGUUGUAGUAGACAGUGUAGCUGCGCUUGUUCCAAAGACUGAGCUUGAUGGUGAGAUGGGUGAUGCACAUGUUGCUCUUCAGGCUAGGUUGAUGAGCCAAGCUCUUCGCAAGCUUAGCCACUCACUUUCACUUUCGCAGACAGUUUUGUUAUUUAUUAAUCAGAUCAGGGCCAAGGUAGCCACAUUUGGAUUUGGAGGACCAACUGAGGUCACUUCUGGUGGUAACGCCUUGAAGUUUUAUGCUUCUGUUCGCUUGAACAUCAGGCGUAUUGGUUUUUUAAAGGAAGGUGAAGAGACAAUAGGUAGUCAGGUUGCUGUGAAGAUUGUAAAAAAUAAGCAUGCCCCACCCUUCAAGACUGCACAGUUUGAGCUUGAAUUUGGAAAGGGGAUAUGCCGCAGUUCUGAGCUUUUUGAACUUGGGUUGAAGCACAAGCUUAUCCAAAAGACUGGCGGUGCAUAUUAUAGAUUCAAUGAUAUGAGUUUCAAAGGUAAAAAUAACCUUAAAUCUUACCUUACUGAAAACAAGAGUGUUGCAAAUGAUCUGGAGACGAAACUAAGGAGAUUGAUGGGAACCGAAGCACCUAAAGAGCAGGAGGCAGAAGACAGUUCGCCGAGUGAUUUGCCUGAAGAGGUUGUCACACCUGAAGCAUCCUCAGAAGAGGAUAUGGGAGUCGUAAUCGAGGCUUGACCAGUGAUCUGACGUGCUGGCAAGCGAGACCAGAAUUUCUGGAGCUGUUCCUGUAAAACAAUAUUUUGGGUCCUGAAGUCACCACCGCUUGGAUCGACAUGACCCUGCGGUGUUCUGGUGAUUCCAUUGUAACAGACUUCAGCCCUUACCGUGCUUUUACAGUAGUGUAGCAUGAAGAGAAUUGGCAUUGUGUGAAAUCAUGCUGAUAGCUGAGAGGUGGAAGUUGAAGGCGGUAAGGUUGUGGUCUCUGGCUAUCUGAACUCUAGUGUAGUAUAUAGUGUAGGCGACGGUAAAAUGUAGUGGCGUGGUCGUGUAUACAUGAUGCUCACAUUUUGAGCUCCUGGUUUCACGUCGAAGCCAAUUUCAAAAGCAUUCUUU